CUUUUUGUAUCUCCGUGUGGCAGAUCUUGUCCUGUUUGUGACUGGAAGUCGCCUUUAUCCAAAUCAACUGCUGCUACUCCUCUUUCCAGAACCAAUCAGUGGUCAGGGGUGACCGCUAUAUCAGCUGUGCAGCUGGAUCUCACUUUUAUUAGGACCAAGAGCUUCAACUAUUGCAACGUUUAAAACUUUUUUUUCAAAGCGCCUCUUGCAGUCAUGGCACUGAUUCUCCUGAACCUUCUGGAAAAUGAGCACAAUGACUACAUCAAGCAACAGGUGCAGGUGAAAAACCCCCACCUGGACUCUAUGGAGGAAGACAUUCUCUACCACUUCAGCCUGAGCACCAAGACUCACAACCUCCCAGAGAUGUUUGGAGACAUCAAGUUCGUGUGUGUCGGUGGUAGUGCAAAUCGAAUGAAGGCUUUCGCUCAGUUCAUGCACCAGGAGCUGAAGCUGCCCGGAAACCCUGAGGACAUCAGGGACAUUUGUGAAGGAACUGAUCGCUACUGCAUGUACAAAGUGGGACCAGUGCUUUCGAUAAGUCAUGGCAUGGGCGUCCCCUCCAUCUCCAUCAUGCUGCACGAGCUCAUCAAACUGCUGCAUCACGCUCAGUGCCGUGACGUGGUCCUGUUUCGUCUGGGAACAUCCGGUGGCGUUGGUCUGGCUCCAGGGACGGUGGUGGUCACUGAUAAAGCGGUGGACUACUCCUUCCGACCCCAGUUCGAACAAGUUGUUCUGGGUAAAGUCAUCACCAGGAGCACGGAGCUGGAUGAGGGAGUGGCCAACGAGCUUCUGCAAUGCUCCUCAGAAAUUCCAAACCUCCCAGCUGUUAUUGGAAACACCAUGUGCACCCACGACUUCUACGAAGGUCAAGGCAGACUUGACGGAGCUCUCUGCUCUUUCUCUCCUGAGGAGAAACUGGAGUAUCUGAGGAAAGCUUACGAGGCUGGCGUGAGGAAUAUUGAAAUGGAGUCCACGGUCUUUGCCGCCAUGUGCAGAGUUUGCGGCCUUAAAGCGGCUGUGGUCUGCGUUACCCUGCUGAACCGCUUUGAUGGAGACCAGAUCACCUCCCCUCAUGAUGUUCUGGUCGAGUACCAGCAGAGACCUCAAGUCCUGGUGUCUCACUUUAUCAAGAAACGUUUGGGGCUGACAGUCUGAACCUUCUGUAACCGUAAAAUACUGUAUAUAGCUUUGACUGAUAUGUGAAUGUGUAUAUAAAAGUCUGUACUUAGUAUAAUGUUUGACUAUUGUGCAAGAGUUUGAAAAUGAUUUAUGGUCAUUUCCGGACUAUUGAGCACACCUAAAUAAGCCACGCCCACAAAAAAGUGUACAUAUAUAGGCUGCACUUGUCUAUAAGGCACAGAUGUCCACAUUGUAACAUGAGAUAUUUACACAAAUAUUUUUUUUUUAACUUUUACUUAAAUACGCACCAGUAACAUACAGAAAUACAUACAGUAAGUGCUUUUUUUUCUUUUUCUGAACAGUGCCUGUAACACGGCUGGUAAAAAAAUAUA